GGGCGGAACCCUCACACUGAGGAGGGCUGGGUCACACUGAGGGGAGGAGUCACCUUGAGAGGAGGGGUCACAAUGACUAGUGGAGUCCCUCGGAGGUGGGGUCUUACUGCGUGGGAGGAACACAGAGCAAGGGGGUACAGCACUGAGGGGUUCUGACACACACUGACGGUGGCAGUGCCACACUGGGGAAAAGUGCCCCUGAAAGGGAGGUGUCUCACUGAGGAAAGGAGGGGUCUCCGAGGGACAGCGUUCUUUGAGGGGGUGGGAUCUUGCGGAAGGAGGGGCUUCCCUGCAGGUGGAGGCUUCUCUCUUAGAGUCUUUUGGACAAAGUAGUAAGAGGGAGGUCCCGGCUGGGAGGAGGAGCUGGACUCUCUUCUUUAUUGGGAGGCGGCAGGAUGAAGUGAGGAGGAGUCGGGGCUAAGCUGGGUGUGGGCCGGCCAAAGGCUCCCUGUAGCCCCGGGGUAUCACAACCUCCCGUGAAGGUAGAAGGUGGUAGGGAGGCCAGAGGUUCAAGGUGUCGGAGUCGAAGAGACCUGGGAAAUGGGCAGGCCGGGCCGGGGCGCAGGCCAGGAAGGUGGACAGGUUGCUGGGCUGCCUCUGAUUGCGGCUGGGCCUGAGGGACCUACGUUUCUGCCCCGUUGGUCCCUGGAGCCCAGGAAUCCGGCAGGUUUGGGCCCGACCCUCAACGGACAGUAACCCAGGGAGGAGAGGGGACUCCCUGGGCAGCUACGCUUCGCAUGCGCACCAUCAGCCCUUAAUUCCCUUCCGUUAUUCAAGCUCAGGCCUGAGCUUAUUUGACCCGGGCGGCCCAGGGCAUCGCGGCCGGAAAGCGGGGAGGCGGGGUUGCGCACCUGAGGGGGCGUGGCCGCUGCCGGGAGGCCGGGCUGGAAGGAGUUAAGCGGAGGCCCGGCCCAGCCCCGCCCCCGGCAGGCCGCGGAGCCUGAGCCCCGGCGGCUCAGCGGAGCAGCCGCCGCCCGCCUGCCCGCCCGCCUCCGCCCGCGGCAAGCCAGCCCGCCGGCGCCCGGGAGCGCUGCCGCCACCGUCGCCGCCACCGUCACAGCCACCGCCCGGUCCAGGCCCAAGCCCAGGCCCUGCGCGGAGCGGAGCAGAGCGGCGCGGCGUCCACCCGGGCCCAGCCAGCCGGCGCGGCGGGGGCGGGUCCAGGAUCUUCGGCGGAUCUUCCAUUCUCAGGGCGGGAGCGGGAGUCCGGGCGCCCGGGAUCGGGCUGGGCCCGCGCCCAUGGCCAGCGCGGCCUGCCAGGGCCCCGGGGACCCUGCCAUGUGAGGCAGGCCCGGGCUGGGGGCCCGGCCAUGGCCGGAGAACGGCCCCCACUGCGGGGCCCUGGGCCCGGGCCUGGCGAGGUGCCGGGGGAGGGGCCCCCGGGGCCGGGGGGCACGGGCGGAGGCCCGGGCCGGGGCCGCCCCUCCUCCUACCGGGCUCUCCGCAGCGCCGUGUCUAGCCUGGCGCGUGUGGACGAUUUUCACUGCGCGGAGAAGAUCGGAGCCGGCUUCUUCUCUGAGGUCUACAAGGUUCGGCACCGACAGUCAGGGCAAGUCAUGGUGCUGAAGAUGAACAAGCUCCCCAGUAACCGGGGCAACACACUACGGGAAGUGCAGCUGAUGAACCGGCUCAGGCACCCCAACAUCCUAAGGUUCAUGGGGGUCUGUGUGCACCAGGGACAGCUGCACGCUCUUACAGAGUAUAUGAAUGGGGGGACAUUGGAACAGCUGCUCAGCUCCCAUGAACCCCUAUCCUGGCCGAUCAGGCUCCGCCUGGCCCUGGACAUUGCCCGAGGUCUGCGGUACCUGCACUCCAAAGGUGUAUUUCACCGGGACCUCACAUCCAAGAACUGUCUAGUCCGACGGGAAGAUCGAGGAUUCACCGCUGUCGUGGGUGACUUCGGGCUGGCUGAAAAGAUUCCUGUGUAUAGGGAGGGGGCAAGGAAGGAGCCAUUGGCCGUGGUGGGCUCCCCAUACUGGAUGGCUCCAGAGGUGUUACGGGGUGAGCUUUAUGAUGAGAAGGCUGAUGUCUUUGCCUUCGGGAUUGUCCUCUGUGAGCUCAUCGCCCGAGUACCUGCAGACCCUGACUACCUACCACGCACUGAGGACUUUGGCCUGGAUGUGCCUGCUUUCCGAACUCUGGUGGGGGAUGACUGCCCACUGCCUUUCCUGCUCCUGGCCAUCCACUGCUGCAGCCUGGAACCCAGCACCCGUGCCCCCUUCACUGAAAUUACCCAGCACCUGGAAUGGAUCCUGGAGCAGCUGCCUGAGCCAGCCCCACUCACCAGGACUCCCCUGACCCACAAUCAGGGCUCUGUUCCAAGAGGGGGUCCCUCUGCCACACUUCCCAGGCCAGACCCCCGGCUUUCCCGAAGCCGGUCAGACCUCUUCCUGCCCCCAUCACCAGAAUCACCCCCCAACUGGGGGGACAAUCUGACUCGAGUCAACCCCUUCUCACUACGGGAAGACCUCAGGGGUGGCAAGAUCAAGCUCUUGGACACACCCAGCAAGACAGUCCUGCCUCUUGUGCCACCAUCACCAUUCCCAUCCACGCAGCUGCCCUUGGUGACCACUCCAGAGACCCUGGUCCAGCCUGGAACACCUGCCCGCCGCUGCCGCUCACUACCCUCAUCCCCUGAGCUCCCCCGCCGUAUGGAGACAGCACUGCCAGGUCCUGGCCCUCCCCCCAUAGGCCCCUCGGCUGAAGAGAAGAUGGAGUGCGAGGGUAGCAGUCCUGAGCCGGAACCUCCAGGACCAGCACCCCAGCUGCCUCUGGCUGUGGCCACAGACAACUUCAUCAGCACCUGUUCCUCGGCCUCCCAACCCUGGUCCCCUAGAUCAGGACCCGUCCUCAAUAACAAUCCCCCAGCUGUGGUGGUGAACUCCCCACAAGGCUGGGCUGGGGAGCCCUGGAACCGGGCCCAGCAUAGCCUGCCCCGGGCGGCAGCCCUGGAGCGGACAGAACCCUCGCCACCCCCUUCAGCUCCCCGGGAGCCCGAUGAGGGGCUGCCCUGUCCUGGCUGCUGCCUCGGCCCCUUCAGCUUUGGCUUCCUGUCCAUGUGCCCCCGCCCCACACCAGCUGUUGCCCGCUACCGCAACCUGAACUGUGAGGCGGGCAGUCUCCUCUGCCACCGAGGGCACCACGCCAAGCCACCCACACCCAGCCUGCAGCUGCCUGGGGCACGCUCUUAGCAGUGGAGCCUGUGGUCUCAGGCCUCCAACUUUGGCCUUCAGGACACCCUGUAAGAACAGAGCACACUUGCUGGACAGUGCCAGUUCCAGAUGGGCUGACUGGCUCUUCUCCCCAUGUAGGGGAGCCCCAGCAUGGACUCAAGGGACAGAGCACUUCCAGUCGACCCCCGGCUCGCAUUCCCGUGGGGAUCACUGAACCAGACACAGCAUUGCUGACACAUGAGACUAACACGUGCAAUUAUUUAAAAAGAUUUCAAUAAAACUGCCUGGCUGGCUCCGGGCUGCCCCUA